AUUCUGUUUCAUCUGGUUUGGCAGAGCUCCCACUUAGACUACAAUAAGGCAGAGGUAGACGAUGGAAGACACUAGGCCACCUUCGAAACUCCACGAGACGAAGCUACGGAUCCCAUUUCCCUCGGCGGAGGAUCCACAGCUGCACAUUGUGGGGAUUCUAGCCCAAUGGGAACCUUUUGGUCCUCAUGUUACUACCUCUCCUUCUUCCUCUUCCUCCUCCUCCUCCUCAAGCUCGAGCAUCCAACCCCGUCCUCGCACUCCCUUAGCACUCAUCACGCAUGGCGUCCUUGCUCACAAGGAUCAAGCCUACCACCGUCCUCUCCGAGACGCCCUUCCCCUAGACUCCUUCCGCUUCGACUUUCGAGCCAAUCAUGAAACGCCAGGAGAAUGGAACAUGUCCCGUUUCGGUGACGAUGUGGAUGAUGUUGAAGCUGUAUUGGAAUAUCUUCAGAGGAGUUAUGGGUACGAGCUGGCGCUAUUGGUGGGACAUUCUAGGGGAAGUUUGGGUGGGUGGAAGUGGUUUGCUGACAAGGCGAGGGGAAGGAGGGGUGGGGUUGAGGGUGACGGAGAGGGAGGGAGAUUGCCAUUGUGGGUCUCUUUGGGGGGACGAUGGGAUAUGAGUCGUAUUCAUGACCGAGAUGGACUCUACAAGGAGCAAUUUGAAAAGCAGGGAUUCUACAUUUGGAAGGCAAAGGUCGCUGGAGAGAAGCGAGAGGUGAAGAUCACUCCUGAUCAAGUGGAAGAAUUCGCCCAGUAUCCCAUUCAUGACUUUGUCUCGCGCUUUCCGGCAGAAUGUGACUGCUUACUGAUUCACGGUACAGCAGACGAGACUGUCCCCUGUCCAGACGUGGGCUAUUACCUCAACGCCCUCACCUCGCGGAAGGAUCGCGCACCGGGGCAAACGCAAGUGCACCUGGUAGAAGGGUCAAACCACAUGUUCAAGGGCCACCACGACGAAGUCGUCUCGGUCAUCGUACGGUGGUACGCUUCGCGCGGGGGACGUACCUCCCCCCACGCUACGGGUGUAGCGGGCGCAAGCGGUACAGGGGCGGAGGCAACUGGCGGUAAGGAUGGUGCGAAUCUGGCGCUGGAGGCUUCGCAGACGGGCGAUGUGCUCGAGAGGAGCUGGAAGGAGAGGGUAGGGGCACUGGGCGCGACGCCCGAAAGCAAUCCGACGUCAGGAACGACCAAGGGCAAGCUGUGAGACAGGAGAGUCAUGGCCGACUUUGGCGUAGACAAAAGAUGAAGAUUGUGACAGUCGUCACUGCUUUGAUUGCUUUAAUGAUGUCGCGUCAAUGUACACUUUCACACUGUGACCAAGAUCCCCGAUCUGCCUUCCGCCUCAACUCUCCUCUCUUUACCGCCCUUUCUCCCCUUCAACCCAAGAUGGUAGGCUGCCGUGGCAGAGGUAGCCUGACCUCCAUCGUUCCAGUGCCCACGGGGACAGGUCGACCGACAACGAGCUUCGCACUAGGUCCAUCGAGAGAAUCGCUUUCUCCGUGCAAAGCAGCAGCACCCAAGAAGGCCAUUGUCAUCUCAAAGGAUGCCUUGAGGAGCGGACUGGGCGAGUUUGCAAUACCUCCCCUCGAAAAGGGCUUGAAG